GUCUGAAAGAGAAGAGGAUAGGCCAUAGGUGUUGACUUGAUUUGAUUCGUUGUUACAAUUUUCUUCGCUUUCUAUUUUCUAAUAACCAAAACACUUACACCACUUUCUCUGUUAAUGGUUUCUCAGCAGACAGAGAGAGAGAGAGAUGGUCAUGACAAUGGGUGGUUUAGGUGCAACAACACCAAUGUUUUGCUCUCUACUAAACUCUUCAUCCUCCACCACCACACAUCGCUCCUUCCUCUCCACUCUUCCGUUUAGAAAGUGCAGCAAGUUAAAUCUUUGGAGAUCAAGUGCGAAGAAUGUAGUGAGAAAAAUAAGUUGUGGCGUAGUAAAAAUGGAAGAUGGUUUAGAUGAUGAGACAUGUGAGUUAGUGAAUGGGAUAGAAUUCUCUAUUGGUGAUAAUGUUGAUGCCUACCUUUUCACAGCAGUAAAGAACAAUAACAAAACUGGGAUACUUCUCUUGUCUGAUGUUUAUGGAUUUGAAGAUUCAGCUACUAGAGAUUUUGCAUACCGUGUUGCUUGCAAUGGCUACAAUGUUCUAGUUCCAGACCUAUUUCGAGGAGAUCCAUGGGGAAAGCAUCGACCAAUGGCUAUGUUUGAAGAGUGGAUCAAAAAACAAGACCCUGAGAGGGUUGCAAAUGAUAUUGACAUAUCAACAAAAUGGAUGGUUAAUGAAUUUUUGGCUGCAGGAAUCUCAAAGAAGCUUGGCCUAAUAGGAUUCUGCUUUGGUGGUGGCAAAGUGAUCGAGGUGCUCGCCCAAGAUGAGGGCGCCUAUUUUGGUGUUGGGGUCUCGUUUUAUGGCACGAUGAUGAACCCAUCUUUGGCUUCAAAUGUGAAGGUUCCUGUGUUGUUCAUUUCAGGGGACAAGGAUCCUCUAUGUCCAGUUAGUUUGCUAGAAAAUGUUGAGAAGAGAAUUGGCAGAGGAUCAAAAAAGGUAUUAUUUAAGGGACGGGGUCAUGGCUUUGUACACAGGCCAGAAUCUCCUGAAGAAGAUGCGGAUGCAGAGCAAGCUUUCACCAUGGCUAGAAAUUGGUUAUAUGAUGGCUUGGUGGAAAACAACUCCUAAAUGAUGUAUCACUUGUGUAUAUUCGUUUAAUAGUAGUGAAAUUGUCUACAAGUUGGUCAUAAAACUUUACUAUUUUUUGGGGGGUAGGCAUGUUUUGAGUUCAAUUUUUGUUGUUGCUUUUGUAAAUUAGUGGUUACUUGUUGCUCAAA